GAGAUAAGUUCACGUACCACAGACUACGCCGAAACCUUCCCACUCGCGUAGAAGGAUUUCUCGCUACGGCUGGAUGGGUAGCACUGACAUGCGCAUUGACUCGUUUCUGGACAACUUUACCUCCGGUAGCCGUAGCAGCGCCAGCCGUAGUGAUUUGCUUAAACUCCCUUUUAAGGCAGUUAAAGCGCUGAAGUUCUUUUCUCUUUUUCUUUUUUCCUUUUGGACUCAGGGGGGGAAGGGGGGGAGGAACUAACCAAACUCCAAAUAAAAAUGUGGCAAAUUUUUAGCCAUUUCUGUUAUUUGUCAUUUACGCUUCAAAGUAUUUUGCAAGUAUUGCGAAAGCUUUGAGUUUGAAAUGUUUUAAUUGUGCCGGCAAAUAUGAAAAGAGUGGCGUCACAACCGUGUCUACAUUUAAACGGACCAGUUGACAAAUGAGAGCGCACGUACUAAAUCAAUUAUUUCAUGACAGAAAAUGCUGCGUUGACAUUAUUUUAAAACAUUUGAUUCAUACGGCUUGGAGAUAUGAUGUUCUCGGGAAAUUUUGAGAGGACUCAAGCGGCAAGAGUUGUUCGAGGCACGGCCUAGAACAGCUCCUACGCUUCUCUUCUGCUCUCGACACCUUCCCCAUGGUUCAUAUCCCAAUGAACGCACGCUGACUUAUGAACCAAUUAUGUAACCUUUAACUCCAACAAGUGAUUAGCAUGUAACUUCUCUCCUUAAUCCCCAUACAUUGUUCGGUAAACAGGUAUAGGUUGGAGAACAAUUUGCAAGAAUUGAAAUGUUUAACAGCAGAGCAGCAGGGGGGGAGAAUUUAAAAACAGAUCUUGGGAGUUAAUAUUGUAGAAAUCGAUGUCCACCGGACGAUUCAAUUAAUUGAACAAACAAAACAAACGGUUGACAGAUUCUUCAGAUGGCGUACUGUCCACUGAAAGACCAUUUUCAUUAUGAUUUUGUUUUCGCUAUUCGAAUAAACAGCUCCUAAAACUAUGGCUGUAUAAUGUUUUAUCUGAUACGAAAUAUACUUCUAAUAAAUUUAUAACGCUUCCAAAAACUUAUGUGUCUUCGAUUACUAUUUUCGAUAUCAGACAGCGAAAGUUAGCGUGAAACGGCAUUUAUAAUUUCAUUUCUUUUUUUUUUUUAUUGUGAAGUGUUUUGGAACAUGUGCGUCUGCACGUGAGGGCAGAUUUUUAGAGGUUAUUACGUAACCUAGUUGUACAAAAAGAAAGAAAGCUUUAGAGAUUUGUGCUGGAAAAUUUCCGUGAAUAGCUUAAAAAAAAUACCUGAUCUUGUCAGACGAAUAUGUCUUUAGCAUCUCUUGUUCUUGAGUUCGAAUCGUGAUGUUGGAUAUCGGGGAGACUAAGAUCCCUUACGCGUGAGCGUUACACGUGAAUGUAACAACAGUGAUUACAUAACCUGGUAACGUCCGCUUUGUUGUAAUAUUCAAACAGCCUAAGAUUGAAUUGCCAGUGAUGUCCAGUGCUACCGGUAUAGUACACGGCCGGUCUUGUCGAAUUUCACUUGCUUAGAGGAAAGUUAUGGCUGCCUUCUGUCGGAUGAGAAAUAUUUUUUGUGCCGUUGUAAACCAUCAGUCAGGUUGUUUCCACUUAUGAAUUUCAUGUCUUGUCGUAGUGUGUAGUUAACGAUUUUCUCUCUAUUGUUCGGUAACUUCAUUCAAAAACAUCGAUUAUCGUUCCCGGUAUGGCAAAAUCAACUCAGCGAGUCUAAAAAUUGAUAAUCCUGGUUCAGUGGAUAGAAAGAAAAAAUCCUGGAAGUUUCAGAGCAAUGGAAAAGAAGACUCGUGAGCAAUGCGACCUUCGAUCGAAAGAAUGGAAAUUAACCAAAAAGCUACACGCAGACACUAGAGAUCUGUCAUGCAGGGUGGCAGCGAAAGUACCUGGCGCUGAAUCAGUAAUAUCUAUUGCUAACAAGUUGGUGGACUUUCAAAGGCAAAUCGUAGCUCAGGAAAAGGCUUUUAAUGGCGUGAACGAGAGAGAAGAGAAAGAAUUUCUUUGUUCACUUUGCGGAUGUUUCUACAUCGGGCCAGUUACGCUAAACUGUGGACAUACGUUAUGCAAGACAUGUAUUGUUCCAGUCGGCGAAAUUUCUAUAUCAGCUGUCUACUGUAAACUGUGUGGUUCUAAAAAUCACGAAAAUAAUCUAUCGGUGAACGUUCUCGUCUCACAGUUGAUCCAAAAAUGGUUUCCCCGCGAGUAUCAACGAGAAGUAAAGCAUUUGGAGAAAGCCAUACAAGGUGAACUACAGGAUAACCAUCAAAAAAUCGUCGAAAGCUUGUCGGACGUCCUAAACAAGUCUCCAAAACACGUUAUGGCGUUAAAAUUGCGAAGUCAUGCCUUCUUACAGAUGGGGCUUCCCAAAAAGGCUCUAGAAGACGUCGACCUUGCCUGUGAUUUACGACCGUUUCUUUGGAGUGUUUUUCAUCACCGUGGACUGGUGUUAAUGGCAAUGGGAGACUACCACCGCGCUGCAAGUAGUCUUUCGCGCGCCGUAGCACUAGAUCCUAAUGUAGACCCGGCGCAGUUUCAGUCAGAAUUGCUAACCUGUCUGACUCAUACGCUGGAUUCUGAGCGGGUUGACCCGAGCAGAGAGCUAUUCCCUGAACAGUAUUUUAGAGAUUUAAACCGAGACAAAGCACGUCAGAGCCUUCACGCAGACAAAGCAAAUAAUCAGUCUCCUAGAGAGAGUUUUCUUGAAAAGAGAUCUUCCCUAAAGCGUCCUAUUGAAGACACUUCUGAUAGUUGUUCACUAUGCUCGCGAGAAUGGGGAUCCAAGUAUUUCAAAUCCGCGACAGAACUCAUUUUAAAUUCUACUGACCUUUGUGAGGCUAAUGCCGUGAAAGAGCUUGAAGAUCUGGAAUGCAAAGUCUGUUAUAAUAUUCUGUAUCAGCCAGUCACUACAACCUGUGGACACACCUUCUGCAGGACAUGCUUACACAGGGGGCUGGAUUAUAGAUCAGAAUGCCCUUACUGUCGUCGUGCUCUAAAUUGCGGGGUCGAAAGGAACAUUAAGAUAAAUGUGAUCAUUAAAGAGACUGUGGAGAAAUUAUUUCCUGACGAAUACGCCGAAAGAGAGAAGAGCUUUAUGAAAGAAAAGUCACGUUGGGAGGGAGCUGGCGUUAACGAAGAUAUAGAAGUACCCGUAUUUGUAUGUUUGUUGGCUUUCCCAAGUCUUAAAUACCCGCUUUAUAUCUUUGAACCGCGGUAUCAGCUUAUGAUUCGUCGAUGCGUGGAACUAGGUUCUCGGAUGUUCGGGAUGUGUGCUAACUCCGAGGACCCAGGCAAGGAAUUCUCUGAUUACGGAACUAUUUUACUCAUUGAAAAUGUCAGGUUUCUACCCGAUGGGCGUUCCAUUGUUGAAACCACGGCGAUGCGAAGAUUUCGAGUUGUCUCCCGAUCAACGACCGAUGGUUAUAGCACGGCUAAAGUAAAAUGGCUUGAAGACGAACUUCCUAGAUUAUAUUCCGAAGAUCCAGACCUCCAGACGAUGAACGUCGAUUGCUAUAGAGCUUUGGAGCUUUGGUUAAAUCUUUUGACACCAUUACAACAGACAUGCGUGACAAACGCAAUAGGCUCCAUGCCACCAGUUGAGGAACUAGUGCCCAGCUCCAAUGGUCCAUCCUGGCUGUGGUGGGGACUGGCGGCUGUCCCACUGAAGGACGAAGCUAAACUUAUCAUUCUGUCGAUGACAUCAUUGGCUGAGCGGCUUCAAAGUCUUCACCGCUUUUUAGAGCUCUUGAUCGGAGUGAGAAACGAGAAUUAGCGCGUGUGGAACACUGAUAACUUUUGAACUUUGCAGCGUUUAGCAGAAUGAUUUAAAUUAGGAUUCGAUUAGAAUAAUGAUAUAAAAGAAGGUUGAAUAGUACCGCCUAGUAAAUCGAAUGCUGCCAGUCAAUUGAAUCUGCUCGAAUUACUUGGAAGCCAGUGAGAAACACUGUAGUUAGAAAAACGAGAAGAGUACAAAAACAUCUUAAGCCCCGGGUAGUUAAUUAUCGAAAGCAUCCCUUUUUGUGCUUGAUAGCCUUUUUCUUUUUUGUUUGGAGCCUUUGAAGGAUCACAACUGAGAGUCCAUGGAUACCCGAGACACCCCUUCCCCCCCCCGAGCUAACUUUCACAUAUUUCUUUGAACAAUCUAACCAACCUUUCUGAACAUGAAAAUGGCGACGCCUUAACAGGUAGGGUAACCCUGUUAGGCAAGACAAUUUUUUUUCUCAUGUUUACGCUACUGCUCGCUUGCCCGAGAAGAGGGCCCAAAUUUUGUUCAGUGUAUAACUUAACCUGCCUGGUUGAAACCAGAGAGAGCUUGAUAAGGGGACAGAUGUUACAACUGACAACUCCAUAUCAAACGCCCCGUUUAGCUGACUCGAGGGGAAGGUUGUCUUGGGUACCUGAGACGAAAUAUUUUGAGUAGCCCAAAUCUCGUUUAAGUGAUUAAAAGUUGUAGUGUUUCUGUCUCUUAACUCACUCUGUGAGAAUUUAAUUGUCAGCUUUAUUUUCUUUAAAGAACUUUUUCACGAAAAUUAACGUCAGUGAAGAGAAUCACUACGUAUUGACGAAUAUUUUUCCAAUUUAUUUAUUUAUUUAUAAAUUUAUCUUAGCAGAUUAUAAGUGUUAAUAUAAGUGUUAAUAUAUGUGUUUACGAAGUUUUUCUUAUACUUUAAUUUUUCAUUUGAUUUUAAAGAGCAAAAUCGGUUCCUCACUGCGCUUUGCUACUGCUUGAGAUUGCCGCUGCUAUUCAACCAGUCAGAUGCAAAAGUAAGCGGACCCUUAACAUGCUGGUCAUACGAAUGGAUAGCUGCUUCAGGGUUUGCAUUUCUAUUUUGUUAGCUUUGUUGUAACUAGGAAUUCUGAUUACAGUGGUUUGAGUCGCAGAUACUCCAUUUGAAACCUCAGGUUUAGAAAUCUUGGUCACCAAGCUUAGCACGUUAGAAUUAAGUUGUAAUGACUGGAAAUUAGCAAAAAAAAUUAAAGGAAGAUGCUAUCAA